AUGCCGUUUGGCACCCGGUUUGGACGCGUGCGCUACGCUCAGAAGGAGGAAGUCGCGGACGACUACGACGCGCAACACCCGCAACCACACAAGGGACUCGCAUUGCCGAUCCUCGUCUGCGGGAAAGUUCGGGCGGGCAAGGGCUCGUUGACCCUCGUGAUGAGUGGGCGUUUCUUUGGUGGGCCAGCGCUCCGCGAUGAGAGCUGUAGUCGACGCUGCACCAUCAACGGUUAUGAUGUGAUGCUGAACAUCUUCUCGUCUACCUCUGGCUGCCGCAAGUUCAUGGCCCUGACCGCCCCCUUCAUUCAGACCGCCAAGGAGACGAGCGCCUUCAUGUUCGUCUACUCCGUGAUGGACAGAUCGUGCUUUGAAUUCGUCUAUCGGUCACACUGGGCCUUAAUCAAGCGGAUCAAGAAUGGCCAGCCCUUCUCUGCCGUCCUUGUCGGCAACAAGAGCGAUGUGGACAAACAUGUACACAAGGCACGAAAGCGGCAGGUGUCGUCUCGUGAAGGCGCGGCGCUGGCUCGGCAGAUGAGCGCCGAGCUGGGCCGCGAGGUGCUGUUUCUGGAGACCAGCGCCAAGCUGAACGACAACGUGACGACCGCCUUCGCGGGGCUGGCCUACGCCGAGAUGCAGCGUCGCGGCAUUUUCGACCCCGAGCCUCCCCCCAAGCCCCGCAGCUUCUACGACUACUGCGUCUUGUCAUAG